CGGUCUACGUCCAUUCUGAUUGGUUCGCUGUGUUCCUCUAUCCCUUCUCACGUCAGGAUCUGCUCCACCUAACGGGAAGCAACGACGGCUGCUUAAUCUUCCAGUGGGGAAGAAGGUGAAAGGCGAGACAAAAACGUAAAAAUUUGUCUUCGCCUCCAGCCAAAAUGAUCCACAGCCUGUUCUUAGUUAACGCCUCAGGGGACAUUUUCCUGGAGAAGCACUGGAAGAGUGUGGUCAGCCGCUCUGUGUGUGACUACUUCUUUGAGGCACAGGAGCGCGCCACUGAGCCGGAGAAUGUCCCUCCAGUGAUCCCCACGCCGCAUCACUACCUUAUCAGUGUGCUCCGGCAUCGCAUCUACUUUGUUGCAGUCAUUCAGAGUGAGGUGCCACCGCUGUUUGUCAUUGAGUUUCUGCACAGGGUCGUCGACACCUUCCAGGACUAUUUUGGAGUGUGUACAGAGGCUGCUAUUAAGGACAAUGUUGUAGUGGUCUAUGAACUACUGGAGGAGAUGCUGGACAAUGGAUUUCCACUGGCCACAGAGUCAAAUAUCCUCAAAGAGCUCAUUAAACCUCCUACCAUCCUCCGCACAAUGGUCAACACUAUCACAGGCAGCACCAAUGUUGGUGAACAGCUCCCUACAGGCCAGCUGUCAGUGGUUCCAUGGCGACGCACUGGAGUCAAAUACACCAACAAUGAAGCCUAUUUUGAUGUAGUGGAGGAGAUCGAUGCUAUCAUCGAUAAAUCAGGAUCCACUAUUACAGCAGAAAUUCAGGGAGUUAUUGACGCCUGUGUAAAGCUAACGGGCAUGCCCGACCUCACUCUGUCAUUUAUGAAUCCUCGGCUUCUGGAUGAUGUCAGCUUCCACCCGUGUGUUAGGUUCAAGCGCUGGGAAGCUGAGAGGAUCCUCUCCUUCAUCCCCCCUGAUGGAAACUUCCGAUUGCUCUCCUAUCAUGUCAGCUCUCAAAACCUGGUGGCAAUUCCAGUGUACGUCAAGCACAACAUCACUUUCCGGGAGGGAAGUUCCCAGGGGCGUUUUGACUUGACCCUGGGGCCCAAACAGACCAUGGGCAAGGCUGUGGAAUCAGUUCUAGUCAGCAGCCAGUUGCCCAGGGGUGUCCUCAAUGCCAACCUCAACCCAUCCCAGGGAACAUACACCUUUGACCCAGUCACAAAGAUGUUGUCAUGGGAUGUUGGUAAGAUCAACCCACAGAAGCUUCCAAGCCUGAAAGGCACCAUGAGCCUGCAGGCUGGAGCCUCCAAACCUGAUGAAAACCCCACCAUCAACAUCCAGUUCAAGAUCCAACAGAUGGCCAUCUCAGGGCUGAAGGUGAAUCGACUGGACAUGUACGGUGAAAAGUAUAAACCUUUCAAAGGCAUCAAAUACAUGACGAAGGCUGGCAAGUUCCAGGUGCGGACAUGAAGACUACUGCCCUGUGACUACCGGACCAAACCACCAUGAGACUGAGGGUGAUCUGAUGAGGGAAGGGGAGGUGGUACAUUCCCUGUGUAUAUGCAUUUCAGUAUUUAACUACUGACAUUGGAGGCUCUUUGUAGCAGUUAAGAAAGGACCAUUGCACAUAAAAACACUCUGAAAUAAACAUGUCAAAUGUCCAGGAAACUUGUUAGAGCUUUGAAAGAAUCUGGAGAGUUUGUGCAAUUAAACUUUUUCAUCUCUGUCCAAGCUGAACCCAGGUCAAACCCAACUGGUCACAGUAUGUAUUUCUUCCAACAGAACAGCAUUUUUCAUUGAUAAUUUUAAGUCUGAAGCCAAAACAAACCCAAGCCACUACAGGAGAAGUUGUGCCAGUUUGUGUCAGUUCAGACCGCAAUGUCAAACUCAGACAAACAAGCAGGCCACAGCCUGAUGCUGUACAGGUUCAGCUGUGGGUAUCAGGUUUGAAAUUGAUGUGUCCUCCACCUUUCAGCACCAUUUCAUUGUCUGUGGCAUCUUUGUCUGGAUAGAUAUGUACUGGUGACUGUUUUCAUUCUCCAUAAACUAGUGGCAGUUCCUUUAAUCUUAUAGAUCGUGGUUCCAUUUUACUUUUCUCUGAUGCUUAGGAAGGAGUCCUCGCUGUUUUUUUUUUUUUGUAUCCUCCUUCUUCUUCCCAGUUUUUUAGUUUGUUCUGUUGUUGUGUUCCUCUCCUCAUUGCCAUGAUUUGAUGGUUUUGUCUGCAUCACUGACAUGAGAAUAUGACAUUGAAGCCGUCCUCAAUCAUGCACUCUCACAUCUGCUGGUACUAAUAUUUCCUUUUGAUGCAAGUGAGAUGGAUGUAAAGUUUCUGAAGCUGUUUGAGCUAUUUAUUACAGUGAAAGGCUUUGGGAAAAGUUGAAGAACAUGUUUAUCUGUUUUAUUCCAAAUUUCAUUAUUAUUUAUUAAACAAAGGAGUGGAUCCAUUUGCUGAAGAAAUGUCUUGUGUACUUGUGUACAGUGUUUCCUAAUUAUGUGUUCUGUCAUUAAAUUCUUCAGAGUCUAAGCUCC